CCUGCAUUUAACGCUCUGCGGAAGGACACACGGUUAUUACCGAACAUUUAACGCAGAAAAACACGAUUUCAUUCGGGAUAUUUUUUUUUUAUCCAUCAGCGUCCUCUCGGGAUGGAUGAGAGAAGCAUCUUGUUCGCUUGCUGGGACUGAACUGGUUUGAUUGGGACUGCUGGUUCUCCCCCCUCCCCUCCCGGUCCAACACCGACUCCUCAGACUGUAGACCGACCCACGGACGGAUGAUGGACGCGGCGCCGAGUUAAUCUGCGUCGUCGGUGGAGACAAAGGAGACGGGGUGAAGUCUGUGGACUGUGGACCCAAAGAUCCACUGAGCAUCUGAUGGAGGACUGUUCACACCGUCGGCCUGAACGUUUGUGUGGAUCUCUGCUCUCCUGCUGUGGACACUGACGCCCUUCUGAUCACAGAGUGCAGAUCUGCUGCUGCCAUGAGUCCUCCGGCGUCCACUCGACUCUCGCGGACGCUCAGGCGUCUCGUCGCCACUGUGCUGCUGCUGCUGAUGAUCACAACGACAUCACUUCCUGUGUCCGCUGUGGAACCAGAGACGUGCUUCUCCAGACAACACCAGGACGUUACUGUCAACGUCAGACUGGCCUUAAACAGGCCGGCGACGGCCAUGGACACUCGGGUGGUCCGGUCAGAGCGGGACUGCGUCCUGGCCUGCUGCUCAGAGGAAGUCAAGCCAGGUGCCAAAUGCAACAUGGCUGUGUUCAACGCCAACAAACACGCCAGUGACGAUAACUGCUUCCUGUUCCACUGCCAGACAGAGCAGGACUGUCCUUUAAUGAAGACUCAGAGUGGCAUCAACACAUACGACAUCUACAAAGUAUCAGCCAAACUUGAGCGAUUUAAAUUCGAUCUGGGCUCCGAAACAUCUGUCAUCGCCUUAUCUGUGGAUAAUGGAAAGAUUUAG